UCAUUCGCGUAAUGCAUCAUUUUAUGAAAAUAGACCUACGGGUUAAGUAGAUCAUGCAACCAGUGCGACACAAAUAAAAUUCAGAACGGUCAAGUCAUGCACCCAAUGUGACCGAAUGACUAUGGUUUCUGUAUAGAAGGUUUCAGGUUUCCUGCCCCAUUGCAGUAGGGUGUGCUCUUUAAAACAAUCCAGUCAUUCAUGAAAGAUGUGAUUCAACUAUCAUUGGCCAUCUGACCAGAUCUCCAACUUUAUUUUCCUCGACCCUUCUUAACUGAUAAAAUGAGGAAACAAUUACCCAAAAAGCAUAUGUCCCCAUGAUGUGUUCCCUGCAUUAAAAUUAUUAGGAGGCUCAAAGCCAAAUUGUGCUGUCUCCUUGCACCCUUUCUAGCUAAUCUUGAGGUGGCCACCACCAUCAUGGUCUGUAGUGCUCACUCACACCUCCCCAUAGCUUAUAAUAGGCUAUAAGUGUAUUGUAGAUUGUGCUUGAGCUUGAGCUUGAGCUGAGUUAAAGACUGUUUCUCAUUGGUCCUAAUACUUAAAGAGCUUGGGCUGAGAGCAAUGGGUAACGAGAUGGGCAACAACAACGUUAUCGGUCAACAAGUACCGGAGGAGAGUGCUAAGGAUUUCGACAAAACCAUGGCCAACGCAGAUUAUUCACAUGAGCUCAACAACAUAAAUGGUGAGAAAGAUAUGGAGAAGGAUGGCAUUAAGGAUGUAGAUAUGCCGGAGGUAUUAAAGGUUCCCCUCAUCUCUAGUGGUGGAGAUAAACAAAUGGCUUCAGAUCAAACAAAACUGUCCGCUGUGAAUGAAGACUUAGAUGAGAAGAAUAGGGGCUUACCUCUGGAUCACACGUCAACAGAAGAUGAUGAUGAGAAUGAUAACUUACAUACAGAACAAGAUAAGGAGAAGGAUGGCACUAAGGAUGUAGAUAUGUCAGAGGUGUUAAAGGCCCCUGUCGUUUCUAAUGGUGGAGAUGAUCAAAUGGCUUCAGAUCAAACAAAAAUGUCUGCUGCAGUUGAAGACUUAGAUGAGAAGAACAGGGGCUCACUUGAGGAUCAUACAUCAACACAAGAUGAUGAUGGAAAUAGUAACUUACCUACAGAACAAGGUGAUGAAACACAGGAGGACAGUGGAACUGAAACAGCCACAAAUUCUGCAGAAACAGUUGCCCAUGUCGGCACCACAACUGAAGAUAUAACAAGCAACACGGAUUCUUCACCAUCUGAUGAGCAAUUCACACAACUUGAACAUGAAACUACAGAGAAAAAUGAAGAAAAUACCACUGCAAAUCCCGCCAUGUUGUUAGACGAAGCCAUUGAAGGUCUGCCAGAAGAUGAGGAGGAAUCUUCUAGUCAAGAAGCUGCAGUGGUGGGUGAUAAUGUAGUUGGAGAAGAUACAGUUGAAAACCUAGAAGGACAAACUGGAGCGUCAACAGUAGAGGAUCUACGGACACCACCAUCGGUACAAGGAGAGAUUACGUCAUCAACUGAAUCAAUUAUCAGUGGUUAUCUUGAUGGUCAGAGUAAGGAGGUUGUCGUCGAAGAUGAGCCUAUAGAAAGAGACAAUUCAUCACAUGUACGACCAGAAGAUGACAGCAACCAAGAAACAUCCAAGAAUGAAGACUUAGAUGAGAAGAGCAGGGACUCACUUCAGGAUCAUACAUCAACAGAAGAUGAUGGAGAUAGUACCUUACCUACAGAACAAGGUGAUGAAUCACAAGAGAACAGUGGAACUGAAACAACCACAGAUGGUACAGAAAAAGUUGCCUCUGUCAGCACCACAACUGAAGACAUGACAAGUAGUAAUGACACAUCAUCAUCUGAUGAGGAAAUGACAGAGACAAGUGAAGAAAGUACCAUACCAAAUCCCCUCACAUUGUUAGAGGGAAUUACUGUAAGUGCGCCACAAGAUGGGGAAGAAUAUUGCAGCCAAGAAGCUGCAGUGGUGGGUGAUAAUCUAGUUGGAGAAGAUACAGUUGAAAGCCUGGAAGAAAGACAAGAUGGAGUGUCGGCAGUAGAGGAUCUAUGGACACCAUCGUCGGUACAAGGAGAGACUACAUCAUCAACUGAAUCAAUUAUCACCGAUCAUCUUGAUGAUGAGUCUAAGGAGUUUGUCCUCGAAGAUGAGCCUAGAGAAAGAGGCAAUUCAUCACAUGUACGACCAGAAGAUGACACCAAUCAAGAAACAUCCAAGAAUGAAGAGAAGCAAGAAAUCUUUGAAAUAGGCAACAACAAUACCUGCAAAACCAGAACAGUAGAUACUGUGGUUGAAAAUGAUGAGGUGCUAGAAGAAGACAAGAAGAUCCAAGGAUUGGAAAAUCAGCAGGAAGAAUUUCCCAAAUGUAGUGCAUAUGGUGCUCUCGACAUUGUUGAAGCUGUUUCUCAAUUUCAGUCAGCUUUAGCAGAUCCCAGUGCAACAAAUGGCAAAGAAUUUCAGAAACAUGAACUGAGUAUAGCAGAACAGAUGUUAGACUCUGUAAGCGCAGCAAUGGAGCACAAUGUAAUUGAAACAGCAGAUAAAGAGCAAGGGGGAAUUGUUAAAAAAUAUGUUGCAGAUAACAAUGAAGAAGAUAAUUUUGAAGGGGAUAAGAAAUCUGAUGGUAUCCAUGACUCUCUUGGUCUUGUUAAGGUCCAUGGAGAAGAUUUUACUGGUUUAGGCCCACCAUUAUCUGGUCCUCUUCCUAUCUUGAAUGAAGAAAAGGUACAUGAAGAAGUCAUAAUAGAAGAAUUAGCUGCACCAAUGACUUCAACAUCAUUUGCUCUUCAACCAGUAGAAGAUUUUGCCAAGGAAGGUACUAAGCCUGAUAGCUCAGAUAGUAAUGAAGGAACCACCACCUCCACAUAUGAAGCAAAGACCAUAGAUACACAAGAAACUAUGAGCAUCUCACAAUGUGAUCAGCCACAACAGGUACUGGUUGAAGAACCUGAAGUUGUCAAAUUUGAAAACAGUGAGACUCCGAGCACUUGCAUCCAGCUGGUGGAAUACAGUUCAGCGACAGAAUUGAUCUUCCCUACUGUAUUCAACAAGGAGAGAGAAGGCAUAUUUGAUAAAGCCACAUGUUUUACUUCUGAAUCCAAUCAGGAGAAAGUCACAGGGACUGCAGGCUUUGCCGCUGAAUCGGAACAGAAGAAAGUUAUUGCAAAUGCUGAUAAUUCUAGUGAGGAACAGUGUCUGCUUCAGAAACCAACUCUAGGGACAGAUGUGGGUGAAGAGACUCCAUUACUUCUGAGUACAGAAAGCAUCGACUCUUUAAGUUAUUCUAGUGAACAGCACAGCAAAGUAGUCAAGGACAUCCCCAUGACCAACAUCACUCUGAUGAAAGCCAAAGAUGAAGCCGUGGAAGAAUCUGAGAAGAGCCCACUGUUGAGCCCUAGGGAGCCAUCAGAAGGAGCCUUCAGAGCGCCAAAUCACUCUGCAAGAAACAAUAAACCACUUCGUAGCUUAAUGACGGAGGAUGGUGUUGGUAUGUGGUCGCCGUUGAAGGAACAAGAACCGGUUCGAAAGAACAGCACCACAAGACCAGUCGAUUCUCGGCUGGCGGUGGUGCUUGAGGAGAAGCAGCGGUGA